AAUUUGUUCGUUCGAUUUAGAUGGACAACUAAUUUAUGACAUGUAACCUUUCAUUUCGCUUAACUACAUAGUUCAAAAGGAAGUUGUUUGUAUGGAUCAACAAGGUUGGUUCAAAUGGUUUGAAUUUUUGUUCGGCAUAUACUUUUCCUAUUCAAACUAAAGUUAUAUGUACAGAUAUCUAAAGUAGUGAAGUUCUUUGUAUAGAUCGACUGGGUUGGUUCAAAAGCUUCGAAUUUUAGUUCAGCAUAUUUUUCUCUUAUUCAAACUGACGUUAUCCAUACAAAUAUCUAAAGUAUUGGUACAACUUGAUACAUUUCCUGACAAAAGAAUCAGUAGACUUGAUUUUCGAGCUAGCUGCACCCGUUGUUCUUCCAUCCUGUACCGGUAGCUUUUAUCAGUUUUUUUCUCUUUUAUUAUGUAUGUUGAUACCUAAUUCAUCUUCUAUUUUGACAAUGCAACAGCGGACACCAUAAUGGAUCAGAGACUUCUUGUGGAUUCCAUCACAAAAGAAACUACAGACUGGACCUGCAAGGUUCAGGAACAACAGGUUUCCAUAGUGCUAUACGGCGAUGACAUUCCCAAAUACGAGAACUUGUUCCUCCUUUUCCACACAUAUCUUGUUUCUUGUGCGAAAGCUAGGGAUCCCCGUGGCUACUCGAUACGAGCCGGUACGUAUGAAUGGGUAGCUGACAAAUACACAAUUGUUGAGCCGAUUACCGACAACGAUGGAUUGGAAACACCACUGCCUGCUCCAGAAAAGUUAAGAACACUUCCUUUCUGAGCGGUUGAACAACAACAUCCAGGUGCUGAAUUUGACUUACUGGCAGUAGUAGUUAACUGCAGCACCCUGUAAUACACAGCUGACCAGAGCACACACUUUCGGGAAGCGAUUGUGAUGGAUCAAAGGUAAGUUAGUCUCCCCCUUGCAUGAAGUUCACCAAACCUUCUGUCUUCUUGGUAAAAUAUGCUUUCACUAUAACAAUUUCUGCAUUUGGUAUACCGACCAACAAGAAACCUUUUCUAUUUACUAUAUGGGAUGACCUAGCUGACAAUGAAGGGACUACCUUAUUGGAUCACCUACAAGAGCAUCCCGUCAUUCUUGCCAAGUGUAUAGGCAUCACUGAAUUCCGUGGUGUUCUGAGAUUGGAAACAAGAUAUCAAACAACAAUUUUACCAAAUCCUCAAUAUGUGCAGGCAAUUACACUGAUGAACUGGGUGAAGCAGAACGAACAAAUAUUAUCGUCUUAUACUUUAAGAAGCUCCUCAUCAUCAACCUCCUCAUUGAAUCUUGCACCUAUUGAUGAAGAUCAAGUACAAUCUGUAUCCAACAUUCCACAGUCGUUGUCUACGGUACAAACUGUUCCUAUGAAAGGCAGAAUAUCGCUUCCCGAUUAUUCUCAAUCAUUUUACUUGCUUGCCUGUUCAAACUGCAAUCACUAUGUAUGUCCUAAAACAAAAAAUGGUCCACUGCUUCAACUAUAAACUACACCGGCCAUUGGUCCCCAGGUGUAUAGCAAAUUGCAUUUCAACCUAGCUAUUGAGUCACAAGGAGUUAAUUUGCUCGGAAACAGUCAACUGGGACAAGCUUAUCCGUGUGUUUCACCAAGAUGUU